CUCUUUUCAAAUCUUCUCCAGGUAGCUUCACUCAAUGUAUGAUCUAACGAGUGGAAGGAGUGGAUACAAGGCAGCCUUCCAGUAACAACAUAUACAACAUGAGUUUGUAUAGAGAGUAUAGGGGAUGAAGCUAGUGUUGCCCGUGGAAAGCUUCAUAUGAGAUAAAAUAACUUAUAUCCUUUCUAGCUGCAUCGAUUAGCUACAACCUGAUUGUAAGAAAUUGCUUGCCGUAUUGGGGGGGUUAUCAAUACUAUACAUUACGAUUAUCAUUAUAUUGUAUAUGCGCUUAGCAGUUCAGUCUUCUCAAUCUCACAAAUGUUUGUGUGAAGAGAGCUACUGGUACUGGGGCAAAAGAGCUUCAGUCACCACCAGCGCACUGCUCUGCUGGUAAAUACCCCAACAUCCAACAUCACGUCACAUCACUCAAUAACUACACAUUACACAUCAACGAACAACCGUUUCCCGGGAUUUUGAACUUGCUUUCCCUCCAACCGAUUGCAUUUUUUUUUGAAGUGAGACUAUAUCACUUAGAUAGGCGCUAGCGGUAGACAAUAUAUCAGACCAAGCUACAAGAACACCAUUGUAAAUUUUGAUACAUUUAUUGAAUAGCCCUUUCUACAGGGUGCUGAAAUCUAGGACAUAGCUGUCCAAUCUCUCUAGAUGGCCGAUUCCUCCACAAUACCUCUCUCAGAUCUAGUCCAGCAAUGGCUGGAUUGGGACCAUGACCCUAAAACCCGCGCUGAAAUCCUCAGACUGCGUGACGAGAAGAAUGUAGCUGAGUUGGAGAAACGGUUGCGGAAACGCAUCGAGUUCGGCACUGCCGGCCUCCGCGGCCGCAUGCAAGCUGGUUUCUCCUCUAUGAAUGGCUUAACAGUCAUCCAGGCCUCACAGGGGCUGGCCAAAUAUAUCAAAAUGUCGUAUCAGCAGUCAUCCUCACAGGAAUCCGAGCAGCCGCCGUCCGUCAUCAUCGGCCGCGAUGCACGGUAUAACUCGAAGCAAUUUGCUAUGCUGGCUGCCAAUGCAUUUGCUGCUGAGGGGAUCCGGGUGUUGUGGUAUCAGAAUGCGGGGCCGACGCCACUUGUGCCCUUUGGCGUGUUGAAGAAUCCGGGGGCGUGGGGAGUCAUGGUUACGGCUAGUCAUAAUCCUGCGAGAGAUAAUGGAUAUAAAGUAUACGCGUCGAACGGCUGUCAGAUAAAUUCACCCAUGGACAUGGAGAUCGCAGAGAUAAUCGGGGAAAACCUAGAACCAUGGCCAAACGCCUGGGACACAACGGACGAAAGCAAGUAUCUCGCCUUAGAUUGCUACGAGGAUACUGCGAAAAUAUACUGCGACGCCGUCACCCAGUUCGUAAACUCCAUCAAGCUGGCCCCAGGCAGCCCUCCAAGACCUUUCGUAUACACCCCCUUGCACGGUGUCGGGAAUUCCAUCAUGUCCCGGCUCUGCGAGCAGCUGGGUAUCAAAGAUCUAAUUACCGUCGUCGCGGAACAGCAAGAGCCGGACCCAGAUUUCCCAACCGUCACCUUCCCGAAUCCAGAGGAAAGCGGUGCAUUAGAUCUGGCUAUGAAAACUGCCGAUGCCGUGGGCCGUGAUCUAAUCAUCGCUAAUGAUCCGGAUGCGGAUAGGCUCGCCGUGGUGGAGAAAGUAAACGGCACCUGGAAAAAACUCACCGGCGACCAACUCGGCAUCCUCCUCGCUUCUUACAUGCUCGACACCAUAACCUCUCAACAGCAACAAGGACAACACACACGAAAGAAGAUCGCAAUGCUCACCACCGCCGUAUCAACAAGCAUGCUCUCCAAAUUUGCCCGUGCCGAAUCCUUCCAUGCCCAGGAAACCCUCACCGGCUUCAAAUGGCUCGGCAACGUCGCUCGACGCCUCGAAUCCUCGACACCCCCACCCCCACCCCCACCCCCACCCGUCCCUGUCCCCGUACCCGUAGCCGUAGCCGUACCCAGUGCCAACAGCGACAGCGAGACCGGCUACACCGUCCCCUUCGCCUUCGAAGAAGCGCUCGGCUAUAUGUUCCCCGCCAUCAGCUACGACAAGGACGGGUUGACGGCCGCGCUGGUGUUCGCCGCCGCCGCCGAGCCGCACUGGCGCAUCAACGAGGGCGUGACGCCGUACGAGAAGCUGACGCAGCUGUAUGCGCGGUAUGGGUAUUUUGAGAAUUUGAAUACGUAUUUCGUCUCGCCGGAUGUGGGGGUUACGAGGAAGUUGUUUGAGGGGGUUAGGGAGAGGGUUGCGGGGACGGGGUUGGGGUUGGGGUUGGGGUUGGAGUCGGGGAAGGAGAUGGAGAUGGGGAUGGGGAUGGUUGGGUCGUUGCCGAUUUUGCGCUGGCGGGAUGUUACGCUUGGGUUUGAUUCUGGGCCCACUGGCAAGGGCGAGGGCGAGGGCGAGGGCGAGGGCGAGCAGUUACCCGCUGAUCCGAAUAGUCAGAUGGUAACGGUGUGGUCUGAGCGGGGGAUUCGGUUUACGUUACGCGGGUCCGGGACCGAGCCGAAGAUUAAGAUAUACAUCGAAAGCUGCUCCGCCUCACGCGACGACGCGGUCAAAGCUAUCUGUGACGCGUUCAUGGCCGUGCUGGAAGAUUGGAUAAGGCCCUGUGCCCCUGGUGUGGCGUGCGCGGAGCGGAUUGUUACUUCUUCUGGGUUCGUUUUUGAUGUACCUAGGUAGGUAGAAAAAUAAAAAUAAAAAUUGAGCUCCCUUGUUGCUGUUCAUGCCGGUUUAUCUCAAAUAUGUGGGGAUGGGUGGAUGGAUGGAUGGACGGAUGGGAUGGGGAUUGGGUUAUAAUAUACUCCAUAUAUACAUGAAGGUCUGUGUGUAUGUGCUAUAUGGUGGGUUUCCCUCCUAGCCCCACUGCUGCGCGCAGCGGAUAAUAUUUAAUCAAUCAAAUCAAAUCUAUUUCAACAUAUACUGCUCAUAUCACGAUCAUGAUUGUGUUACACAUGUAUGGACAUGGUAUGGAACAAGUGGAAAAAAUGUUGAUUGAGGGUUUGUUUAUAUGGGCAUAGAUACAAAAAGGGAAUUAGACACAAGGGUAAAAAAACAAGAAGGUUGAAGAGGAAGGAGGAAAAAAUAGUCAAAAAGGAAAUAGAUAGUUUAAGAAUACUCGGUGCAUCAUUGCUGACGGCGACGGGAAGUUAAAAGUAGUUUAUUUGACAGAGAGAUACAUGGGUUUAGC